AUGAACUUCUCUGGCUGAUCUCAUCUUGCCUACACUGUAUUUUAUGCAAAUUCUACAACUUCUCUUAAGGUGUUUCUACCCCCUGCUUCAGUAAGUGAAAUAAAAAUUUCCUUGAGAUUAAUUAUUUUGGUCUAAAAUAAUUUUUAUGAAAUUUAAAAAUUCAAUUUGCAAAAUCGAUAAGAAAAUUAAAAUUUAUGUUUUAGAGUACAUUUGCUUAAAUUUAAAUAGAAUUUUUAUUAGUUCUAUAUAAAUCGAAAUAUCUUUUUUACAAAAUUAUAAUAUUAACUAAUUUUUUGACAUCUCACCAAGGUGAUUUUUUUCACAAAUUAUAAGACUUUCCAUUAGCUAUGCUCGUAGGUGAUGAGGAGAGUAAACAAUGAAGUAUUUUUUGAGAGAGAUUUUCCAAAUUUAUUAUUUAGAGAUAUUUCAAACUCUACUCUUUUCAUCGGAAAAAGUCCUAAUUCUAAAUUCUAUGGAUUUAUAUACAAUUUUUUAAAAUGUGAUGGUUAAAAUAAUUAUCUAACUCCCCCCCCCCCCCUCCGUGAGCGAACAAAACCAUUAGAAAAAUCGCCAUUUUUUGACCAAAAACCCACCCUCCGUGAGUGAAACAAAAAUUUUUUUUAAUAGAAAAAAUUUUAAUGGAAAAAAAUUUUGAUAUAUAAGUGAUAAUUAGUAUAAUGAAAUCUAGAGCUAAUUCUGUUUAAUUUUAAACAAAUUGCGUUUUUAAAACAUAAAUUUUGCAAAUUAAAUUAAUAUUUGCUUCCCAAUUUUUGCAAAUUAGGAUUUUUUUAAAUUUCGAAAAAACAUAUUUUUUUAUAAAAUUUAUAUAUAAAUUUUUUUUAAAAAAAAAUUAACCCCCCUCCGUGAGCGAACAAAAUUUUUUUGUUCGCUCACGGAGGGGGGGGGAGUAAGAAAAUUCUUUUAAUAAAAAUAAAAAAUUGUAUAGAAUUUUUUCUGACAAAAUGUGAAAUUUUGCAAAACAGGCGUUUAUCUACGAGUUUAAAAAUGAAGUCUGCGGGUAUGGAAAGAAUGGAACCUGUCUUCCACUCUGCAGCAUAGACGAAUAUUAUCAAGAAUGGGAAGGAUCAGAGCCAUCCUGCGAAAAAUGUCUUCGCUCAUGCGAUAAGGGCUGCAUCAGAAAAGACACAUGCAAUAUUUGCCAAGACGUUUUAUGUGCUGUUUGUCCUUAUUUUGGACGUACUCGCUGCAGCCAGUGUAUUCCUUAUGCAUAUGGAAUAGAAAAGUGUAAGUGCAUUGAAAACUAUUGCUUAUCUCUUGAUAGAUUAUCAUGCAUUAAAUUUCCAUACGAAAACAGUCCAGAGAAAUACUGGAUCCACUUUUUACCAAAUACGACAAUCAUAGUUGGAAAGUGAAGUGAUGAUUUUGUCAUAAAUACAAUCCAUCCAUGAAUGAUAGAUGUUCACCUCCUUGAUAGUGAUGUCGUAACCUUCAGCAAUAAGGCUUGCACCUUCAACCCUUUCUACGAAAAUUUCACAUGCUCAUUUAAUGUGCUUGUAGAUCCAAGCUACGAUAAUAAGAAUGGCCCUAUCACUAUCAAAGCUAAGUUCCAAGGCUACGUCUAUCCAAUGACCUUUCCUGUAUCUUAUGAUGAUUUUUCUGUUUCACUUAUGAGUCGCCCUGAGCGCUUGGGAGUUGUAUUUUACGCAGGCUAUAACUAUAGCAAACCUCUCGUGGUUACUUGCUAUUAAGUAAUCCCUCCCCAUGUCACCCCAACCCCUGACGAUCCUGAAAAUUUUAAAUGUUAAAUAUAAUAUUUGACAAGUCUCCUCAAAUAUUUUAACUUGUAAUAUUAAUAUUUAACAUGUUAAAUAUUUGGGAUGUUAGGGGGUGGGUAGCAUGGAGAGGUGCGCUCAACGCCGAUCCAAAACUGGGCGUAAGCUAUACAUCCAAAUAAUGCCGGACGAGGAAUUAUCAUUUAAUGAUGACCUUUGCAGUGAUGAAAACUGUACACAUGUAGCGUGCGAUGAGCUCCUUUCUCAAAAAUCGAUUUCUUCGAUAGGAUCAAAUAUUGAUUGUGCAUAUUCUGGUCCAGGUAUAAUUUCAAUAUAUGUAGGGCACAUCAAAGAUAAUAUAAAUUCCUUGGUUUUCAGAGAAAAAGUUUUUUAUGGCUCAGGCAAGAAUGAAACAAACUUAAAAUAUUUGACUGUGCCUUGGAAACUUCAAAAGCCGCCAUUACCUGUUGCUUCAAUAGUUCCAUUAGCUGAAACUUGCUGCUCAUGUAAUGCUAUUUUUGAUGGUUCUAGAUCUUCAACUCGAUUAGGCAGCUUAAAAUAUCAAUGAAUCUUAAACGAAUUUAUGCUUUAUUCUGGUGAUGAAACAGAGAGAAUAGCAAACAUAACAUUGCAAAGCUGUAAUAUAGCUGAAGAUCAUAAACAAUUUAAUGUUACUUUAAUAGUCACCGACAAUUUCGACCAACAAGCUAGUGCAAGCAUGACAGUAAACAUGACAAGCGAUGACGUUUUAAUUCGAGGGUGAAAGGAUCCCAAAAUCAAGACAAUUAUUAAUGAUAUUUCCAAACUGAUUUUUGAAUAUCAGAAGAGCUCCAUAAUCCAUCUUGAGCCUAACCCAAUGGUUAUAUGAAGCUUAUUCAAAAAAUCACCUACAAGAGGGCUGCUUGGAAGUAAAAUCUAUGAAUCUACAGGAGUUGAGUUUGAUUAUAUAUUUACUCAAAAGGGAGAAUAUAUAAUAGUUUUGGAUGCCUAUUUUAAUAACAACACUUAUAAGAUUUCAGCAAAUGCUUCAAUAAUUGCUAACCCUCCAGUUCCUGACUUGGCCCUGAGCGGAGUCAAUACUUAUGUCUUUGCAAACUCAAAUAUUACUGUAAAUUUGACAGCAAGCUAUAAAGGAGAAGUUUUUGAGCUUGAUAAAGGCUACGCCUUUAUUAAUAAAAUUGAAUGCUCAAAUGGCGAAUUUAUUGAGAUUGAAGGAGAUAUUUUCAAGCUGAGAGUAUUUAAUAAAGAAAGAAUAUUUAAUUGCAGUUUUACAGUUGGCUUGAGGGAUUAUCCUGAAUAUGAAUCUGAAGUCAGCUGGCUCUAUGUGGUGAAAGGAAAUAUCCCAAGGGUAUACAUUGUUUCCAUGUUUCCUUAUUUAGAUCCCUCAGCGCCAGUAAGACUAAUUGCAGACGUAGCGGAUUCCUUGAGAAUGAUAAUUUCUUGGAGAGAAAAGAACGGCCACCCAUUCAUUGCGACUACGCCAACAGAUCAGCCGAGUAUGACAAUUCAAGAAUUCAGUAUGCUCUGUGGAUUAGAGUACGAAUUUGAAAUUACUGUUAUUGAUCCGGUUUCUUUUGUCCCUGUCAAAGCUUCUAUCAAAAGAUAUGUAAACUGUCCCCCUAACUCAGGGACUUUUGAGGUUGAUCCUAAAGAAGGCCGAGCCUUGGAUACUCAGUUUAAUGUUUUAUUUGCAGGCUGGAACGAUUUAGAAGGGGACGAUCCCAUUUCUUACCAAGUGUUUAUGCAAAAAGACGAAAAUAUGAUUGCCCUGACUCCAAAAACAACUGAAAAUAAGUUCAAAAUAGUGCUAGGGGAGAGGGGAAAAGUUACUCUUGUAGGGAGGAUUUAUGAUUCACGAGGCACCUUUACCGAAGUCGAAGUUCAGGCUGACGUUAAUGAUUCAGGUUUUGUUGAUGCUAAAGAAAGAUCAGAAAUAUUGCUAAGCAGUGGAAUGGAAACAAUGGACUCAAACAUGCUCUUCUCUUCCAUCCACUCAAUUGCUCAUUAUACAUUCCAUAACACUCUAAACUUAAAUGAUAUGACAAAAUGCAUAGAAAACCUGGAAGAGACUUUGAAUAAAUGGAUGAACUCUUCAAUGCCAAGAAUUGGGCUGUCCGAGUCCAGCACUGUCAUUGAUGCAGUCUCUACCUUGCUUGGAAAAGCAGAAGUCUAUAAAGAAAAGCUGCUGCUUGAUAUUUAUAGUACUCAAAAUAAAGCUCUAAACCACACAAAGACUCUUGACGUCGGCACAUACACCAGCAUUCUUUCUAAUCUUGAUAAGCUGCUUGAUAGCCUUCAGGCAUUAUCAGCUCAAAAUGAAAGCGCUUACACCGAAAUGGACCUCUUCAAAAUUAUCAACCAAACUCACAGUGAAGGAACUCGAAAGUAUUUGGGGGCAAUCAAUCCCAACGAAAGUCCUGUAAAAUACAGAGGUGGGAAAUUCAACUCUACCAGUAUUUUAGCUGAUGGAAAAUCUUUAGCGAAGCCUAUCGAAUACGACUCACCGAUUGAAGGUAGUGCUACUAAGUUUAAUGUCAAUACCUCCAAGAACUCUGACUCUACAAGCUACUUAGUCUCAAUCCUUUCAGUUGCUCCAUUCAAGAAUAUUUCAGAUGCCCUUCUGAGCUCUGCAAGUAGCUCUCUGGCUUCUUUUGAAGACUACUCAUUUACUGAAGGAUCAGUUGUUUCUUCUGACUCUGCUGUAAUAAAAAAAUACUCUUAUUCAGAUGAGCUUACAUCAUGAUGGGUGCAGCCGAGCUUAUCUAAAAAUACUGGAACCAUUAUUAACCCAGUCUUAUCUUCUGGGCCGGUGACUGAAGUUAGCAGUGAAGUCUCAUAUGAAACAGUUAAUAGCAGUUUGGAACCAACUUGCACUGUUUAUGAUCUAAACAUUGAAAAAAGCUUAUUUAAGUAUUGUACGACGAUUUUACGAGAAAACGGAUCAGCAACUUGCGUUUGCGAAGUUGUAGGGCUUUUUGGAGUGCAGCCUUAUCCGACAAUUUUAAACCUUGUGGAGAAUAGGUUCGAAGUAUGAAUGGAUCUUGGCAUUCCAACAGUUGGCACCACUCCUGUUUGAAUCAUUUUUGGAAUUGUUUUAUUUUUAUACAAAAUAGGAUGGAAGGAUGCUAAUAAAUCUGAUGAAUAUAAUGGAGAUACUUGAAAAACGAAUUUAUUAAAAGCUAAUAAAAUAAUUCUUGGGGAAAUAGGAGCAUUUGUAUACUUAAACAAACUAUCAAUAAAAUGAGAUGCUAAAGCUUUUGAAAAGUUGAAAAAACAGCUAGAGAAGAAGAUGAAACGCUUAUGCAAUGCUCAGGAUCUCAGUAUCUUGCUUGGAGAUGAAAAUCUUGGAGAUUGUAUUGAAAAUUGCAUAGAUAAUCAAAAUUUCGAUGAUCUGAAACGCCUAAUAAGUAAUUUGCUAAAUCAAUGUGACGAAUUCAAAGCUGAAGUGAAAACCCUGAAAACGGAGUAUAAUUUUAUGAAUAAGGUACUUGACAUAGAUGAAAUAUAUGAUUGGUGAAGAGCAAGGCCAGUUCUUAAAAGAAUGAAAAACACUAUUAACUUGGAUACAGAUUCAAAUAUAGCCCUGUGAAACUCAGUAGAUAAAUUGAAACCUUAUAUCAUUAAGUAUAUAAAAGACCAUCAUAUUGAAGAGAUCUGUUCUUAUGAAAAACAGAAUACACCUGCAAGUGUUUCAGUAGAGGCAAUAAACAUUACUAUUAACAAUAAUGAAGAAUGUAAUGAACAAAGUAUCAAUUUACAAUUUGACUCACAAAAUACUCAAGAGAAUAGUUUUGAGUCUACAACAUUUUUAUCACGAUCACUAGAAAUCUUGCAAACUAAAGCUAUAAAUAGCAAAAACUAUAAGAAAAAUUAUUUUGGAUAUUUUAUAAAGCACAAUGAUAUUUUAGGAGUCAUUGGAUAUACUGAUUUGAACUCUCCAAGGAGAUUUAGGCUGACUUAUUUAAUAUUAGCAAUUUGCACUGAGAUUACGAUUGCCAUUUCAGCCUUUGAUAAUUAUAAUCGACAAAUAGAUAGAGAGGUAUGAUUGCUAUUUUAUUUUCAGCAGCAGAGCUUCUGGAUUUUUGUUUUAUCAAUCGGUUUUGGGAUAUUGCCUUUAUUCACAAAGCUCUACUUCAAUUACAAUGUUUUGAGCAGCCAGUUUGAGAAACACAAGCUAUUGAAAUGCAAAAACAAAAGCGUAUUUAUCGGCUAUAUUGUUAGUUGAUUAAUGAUUCUAGGCGAAUUUGUUUAUUGUCUAUUUAAGCUUCGAUUGUGCCCUUUGACUAAUUUCCACGCAUAUAUGUCAUAUAUAGCUCAAUCCUUGAUUUUCUUUUUAAUUUCGAGUGGAAUCGGUUUUCCUUUAGCUAUAUCUGCAAUUCAUUGUUGUUGUUUUGAAAAUUCAUGCAAAAAUAAGAACAAAGUAAUUCAAGACACCCAGUAUAUAGCAUAA